AUUCCAUACACCCACAUCUUAUCUUCAUCUCUCUAAAAUAUGGAUCUAGACGGGAUGUAAGGUUUUACAAUGAGCCAGGAUAGAUCAUGGAUGUAUAAAAGGCUUGCAAGACGUGGAGUUCUAAAUGAAGAUUUUAAGGAAGGAGUUGCCGGAUUUAUCCAAAGUGCGGUAAACUUAUAUCCAAAUGGUGUUAUUGCAUGUCCUUGUAGAAAGUGCAAGAACAAAAAGUGGAUGACAUGGGAUAUUGUUAAGCAACAUUUAUUUGAAAAGGGUUUUGUGGAAGAUUAUUAUGUAUGGGAGGCACAUGGGGAGCCACAUAAUUCAAAUGGAUUAGUUUAUUUGAAUGAAAGUAGCUCAUCAAAUUUUAACAUCUUUCUUUGACUUUCAGAUUUGAAAAAGUUAACUUGGUCAAUCCAAACUCAAAUUUGACAUUGUUUAUCAUGAAUGAUAACAAAAAAUUGAAUGCUAUUCGACCAACAGUUCAUGGAGACCAGGCCAUCUGGGAUGGAAAGACGGAUGGCAAUUAUGAACUUUUGACUGUUUUAGUGCUUUCAAACUAAUAGGUGGGAUUAAUGAUAUUAACUUUUCCCUUUUUUAGUGAUUUCAAUUGUUUUAAGUAAAUUUGACAGUUUGUGUGUAUAAGCUUUUGCCUGAGGAAAGUAUGAAACUGAUUUCAUUUAGUGUUUUACACUUUUAAUCUGUUUUGAUUCAUUGGUGAAUGAAUUUUGUGUUUGACAGAAUUCUUAAGUACAAUUUGCAUCCAGCAAGCCAAAGAAGUGAUUUCUAUAUAUGCUAUUUUUGUGUUUGACAGUUUUGGAACUCCCUGGAUCGCUAUAUAGUCACAUAACAAGUGUAACAUAUAGAAGUUUUGUUGUAAAAAAAUACCCUGCACAGAACUUUUGUUGUUUGUUUUUUGCAGGUUUACUUAUUUUGUGGUUCCAAAAUAUCAAUGUGGCUUUGAUAUUUUGUAGGUCUACAAAAUGUGGCAAAACUCUGUAAUAUUUGUAGCUUCUAUUGGUAGCUAUGGCUAAAAUAGAAUGUGGCAUAUGGUAGCUUCUAUUGUUAAAUUUAUUUGUAGGUGUACUUAUGUUUGUUAGUUUUUAUAUGUAUAGGAGGCUUUGAGUAAAUUGUACGAUGUUUGUCAAGAUGAUAGCCCACAACAAUCUGAACCUUCAAGUCAAGAGGAAAGCUCUACAACACCUAAUAUCUCUUCAGCUAAGUUAUCUUCAAGAUACUUGGAAAUCGUUGGGUGCAACAAGAAAAGAGUUCUUGGAACGGGCAGUUAUUCAAAGGCUUUCCUUCAUCGAGUAAGUGUUUGUAAUGCAGAACACUCGUCUUCAUCAAGAGCUCGUCGGUUGCAUGAUUUUUGUGUUUUUUGGGAUGCACGCAUGAGGGAGUUCUUAAUUUCAGAAGGUGAUCAACUCCCCCCUGAAAUGCCAAUUGUGGAUGACAUUAUUCAAGACAAGGAACCCGACUCACAGCCCAAGAACUUUGAACAAACGUGGCUGCCAUUUUUGAAAUCAAUGGGGAUCGAUGCACCAAGUUUCUUUGCCACAUCAGAAUCCUCUAAAGACUCCAUGGACUCUCUUGAUGAAUAACUCUCUCAUUAGAUUUGUGUUAAGUUUGAUAUUAAUGUGUUUUUUUAAUGUUGCAUUUCACUAUGGAUUGAUGAAUGAUGAAUGAUGAAUGUUUAUUUAUUAGCAAGCUUUUGAUCAAUACAUAAAAUAUUAUGUGUUGAAAGUCUAUUAGAUGUUUUGUGAUUUGCAUUGAGAAUUUAGAUCUACAUUUUUUGGAAUAUAAAUCUUGCAA